CGGUAGUAUCUUGGUCAGAUGAAACUUUAUCCUUGUGAUGAUCAAUGAUACAACAGAUCUUCCGGUUUUGCCCUCAUUGACUGUUUAAGGUUUCUUUAUAAAUCAUAACACUACCGAGUUUUGCUUUCAAGUUGGUAGUAGAGUGAGUCCAGGUGGUGGUUUAGAUUCACGAUCUUUUUACAGUGAUCAUGGCUUCGACGAUGCAAGGCAAUUGGGUUAAGCUUCACCAAGAAGGAACUGGGCCUGGAGCCAGAAGCUCCCAUGCCAUAGCCCUGGUAGGACAAAAAAUCUAUGCAUUUGGUGGUGAGUUCACUCCACGGGUCCCUAUCGACAACAAUCUCCAUGUUUUUGACCUUCAAACCCUGACAUGGUCAGUGGCCGAUGUAACCGGGGACAUCCCUCCACCACGUGUUGGCGUCACAAUGGCAGCUGUUGGAAAAACCAUCUAUGUAUUCGGUGGUAGAGAUGGUACUCACAAGGAGUUGAAUGAGCUCUACUCUUUUGACACAUCUACAAAUAAAUGGACCCUCCUAUCUACCGCCAAUGCAGGACCGCCUCAUCGAAGCUACCACUCAAUGACUGCUGAUGAUCGCCGUGUGUACAUUUUUGGCGGGUGUGGUGUUUCCGGCCGGCUUAAUGACUUAUGGGCAUUUGAUGUUAUUGAUCAGAAGUGGAUCAAAUAUCCAACACCCGGCGACAACUGCAAAGGUAGAGGGGGACCUGGGUUGGUUGUAUCCCAAGGGAAAAUAUGGGUUGUGUAUGGUUUCUCUGGAGUGGAAAUGGAUGAUGUUCAUUGCUUUGAUCCGGCGACUGGAAAGUGGACGCAAGUUGAGACGAGUGGUGAAAAGCCGACGGCCCGGAGUGUAUUUCCUAUAGUUGGGACUGGAAGAUACAUAAUUUUGUAUGGUGGAGAAAUUGACCCGAGUGACUUGGGUCACCUGGGGGCUGGAAAAUUUUCCAGUGAACUUUAUUCAUUAGACACGGAGACAUUGGUGUGGGCAAGGUGGGAUGAUGGGCGGGAGUCGAAUAUUCAUCCGGGACCUCGUGGAUGGUGUGCUUUUGCAGGUGGGUGUACGGAUGACAAACAAGGGUUAUUGGUAUAUGGUGGCAAUUCUCCAAGCAAUGAUCGGCUUGAAGACAUUUACUUCUUCACUCCUUGCCUGUAAAGGAAUAUGAUAAGCAAUGGUGUUGUAACCAUGAUUGUGACCGUGUUGUGUCUAGUGUCAGCUUGCUAUGGCAAGUGUCUUGUAGUUGUUUGUUUCAUGGAUACUUGCUUGUACAUUAGGUUGGUUGCCUAAUGAACUCUUCCUUUGCUUGAUUUGCU